AGGUGCAUCUCUGAUCUCUCUACUUGUUAUCUUAAUUAUUUUAGGUUCAAUACCCCCAAACCCUUACCAAUUUGUGCAUCCAAAAACAGAGCAUGUUAUUUGUUUUGUUGAUUCUAUUUCUGUUAUUUUCUAACAUUGUUCGAGUACGAGGAACGAAGGCAACAACGUUUGGAACCAAAAUUAGAGGAAGUCUGUGUUUGAAUGCUGCGAAGAAUAGCUUCCUGCUAUCGUUUUGGUCUUCUUCAAAACAUGGGUACUAUCUCCUAUUGCGUUUCCAUUCACUCUUCUUUGUCUUUUCCAAUGUACUAUUAUUGCACCAUAGUCACUGCCACAAACAUUGAUGAGAUUGAGAGGUAUAGCUACAGAACCCAGUUCAUGAAUUCCAUGAGAAACCAAUGUAGGUCAGGUAAACUGAAGAAUGUUGAUGAAGCUUUGGACUUGUUUCAUGGUAUGGCUACAAUGAAGCCUUUGCCAUCUGUGGUGGACUUUACUUUGUUGUUGGGGGUGAUUGUGAGGUUGAAGCAUUACACAACUGCCAUAUCUUUACUUAAAUUCAUGUAUUCUUCUCUAGGAAUAAAAGCUGAUACCUUUACUCUUAAUGUUGUGAUCAAUUGUCUUUGCCGUUUGAAGUUGAUUGCCUUUGGGUUCUCGGUCUUGGGGACUAUGUUCAAACUUGGUUUGGAGCCUUCUGUGGUGACUUUCAACACUCUCAUUAAUGGGUUUUGUUUACAAGGCAAUAUGGGUGACACUUUUGCAGUUGUUGGGUGGCUAAGGAAGAUGGAAGAAAGAAAUUGGAAACCUAAUGUGGUUCUUUACAGCACAAUUAUGGAUAGUUUGUGCAAGGAUGGAUUGGUAUCCGAGGCGUUAAAUUUGUUCUCAGAAAUGACUAGCAAAGGUAUUCGACCUAAUAUUGUCACUUACACUUGCUUGAUUCAAGGUCUUUGCAAUUUUGGAAGAUGGAAAGAGGCUGGUUCUCUGCUGGAUGAGAUUAUGAAAACGGGAAUGAUGCCAGAUUUGCAAACACACAAUAUUUUAGUGGAUGCUUUUUGCAAAGAAGGAAAAAUUAAGCAGGCAAAAAGUGUAAUUGGCUUUAUGAUUCUGACGGGGGAGGGGCCAGAUGUAUUCACCUAUAAUUCUUUGAUUGAUGGAUAUUGUUUGCAAAAUCAAAUGAAUGAGGCUAUGACAGUAUUUAAUUUAAUGGUUAGCAGGGGCUGUUUACCUGAUAUUGUAUCUUAUACUUCUCUAAUCCAUGGAUGGUGUAAGAUUAGAAACAUUAAUAAUGCUAUGCAUCUCCUGGAUGAAAUGGUUAAGAUGGGAUUCAUUCCUGAUGUUGUAACUUGGACCACUCUUAUAGGUGGGUUUUGUCAAGUGGGUAGACCAUUAGCUGCAAAAGAACUGUUUUUUAAUAUACAUAAAUAUGGCCAAGUUCCCAAUCUCCAGACUUGUGCCAUUAUAUUGGAUGGCCUAUGCAAAGGCCAACUUCUUUCUGAGGCAGUGUCAUUGUUUGAGGCAAUGGAGAAGAGUAAUUUGGAUCUUAAUGUUGUGAUUUAUAAUAUUUUGCUUGACGGAAUGUGCAGUGCUGGAAAACUGAAUGAUGCAUGGAAACUCUUUUCCUGUUUGCCGGUUAAAGGUUUGCAAAUUAAUGUUUAUACUUAUACCAUUAUGAUUAAAGGUCUCUGUAGACAAGGACUCUUGGAUAAAGCUGAAGACUUACUGAUGAAAAUGGAAGAGAAUGGCUGCCUGCCGAAUAGCUGUACUUACAAUGUCUUUGUCCAAGGCUCGCUGAUGCAAAAGGAGACUGCAAGGUCAAUAAAAUACCUUACAAUAAUGAUGGACAAAGGUUUUUCUGUGGAUGCUGCCACCACAGAAAUGAUUAUCAACUACUUAUCUACUAAUGAAGGAGACCUGGGAUUUCUAGAAUUUUUGUUUCCAAAAUGAUAAUGCCUUUGAAGAGUUUCGCUGCACAUUUAUUUAAAUCUAACCUCAAUUACCCUUUUUCCAUAAUCUAUAGCAUAGGACACCAAAGUGAGAAUUGGCAUAGGCUUGGCAACUUACAUUGUGUUAGAUAUACAAAACCAUUACCAAGUGCUUCCACCUGACAAGUUAUGUGAUCAGGAGAGUUGGUCCUUAACAUGGUAUUAGAGCCUCAAUAAUUAAUUAUGAGUUUGAUCCUUGCCUCCUCCAUUUUUCAUUAUUAAGUUAAAUUUGAGACCUUGCGCAUUGUUUACACUUCAAGGCCAAAAUUUAGUUUUAUAUAUAAAUCAUUGUAACAACCGGUGAGUGUGUACAAUCAUUCUUCUACUUCCACCCAACAUCUUAAGCUAUUAGAAGAGUUGUUCCUUGACAUUUUUAGUGGUACGUAAUUUAACCUCUGCUU